AGGUUAAACAGUUUGCCCGGGCGUAAUUAGAUCGUUGUUAGACCAUGGUUAAAGAGUCAGUAAAAUUGUUGCAGUAAGUGUGACAGCAUUGAUGAAAUUAUUUAUUACGCUAAAGAAGUAGAUUAAGAAAUAGGGGAGAUGCGACCUAAAAAUUUCCUUGCGGCAUUACUGUUGCUCCAUUUUUCGACAUGUUCCGAAGCCAAACUUUUAGAUUGCUCUGGUGCUUCUUGCGCAAUCGCCGCCCAAGACCCAACAACCACACCCGCAACAACUGCUCCAACGACCACUCCCCUAAGCACAACCACUGAGCAUUGGCCCGAACCUGGGAUGAUUUUUCAGCUCAUAAGUUACAUAUCUGCACGGGCGAUGGAAGUCUACCAAUCAGACUUGAAUAACUACAAUAAAAUCCAUGCUCAUCUCGAUUUACAUGAUUGCAUGUAUCCAGCACAAGUUUGGAAAUUGGAACUGAAUGGUUCUGAUUACAUUUUCCAAUCCGCCUUGGGAGGUUCUAAUCAAUGGAACCAUAUCAUGAAUAGGUGCCGACCUUCACCGACUUACCCUUGCAUAGUUACUACCCAGGAGUCCAUUACUGAUGGUACCCCUCACUGGAGAGUUACCAACGUUCCCAGGACCCCAUACUAUACAAUUACCAACGUCGUAAACGAAACAUACAAUACGAUUCGGUACACUGGUGUGAGCGACGCUUACGGGAUCAAAUUGGACCUGGCCCCCUUGGAUCAGCAGGAUACGGCACAGUGGUGGGAAUUCAGGCGGUGCUAAAUUAACAUAUUUGCCUGAAUAAAUAAUACUUAACAUUUAUUAAUAUGUAUACAUAAUAUCUACAUUUGUAAUACAAAAUUUCCUUUUCCGCUCGUUUUACCAUUUUUA